CUGGUAGAGAUAGAUGCUCUGUAUUUGUUCCUCUCUGUGGUAAGAGUCUUGACAUGAAGUGGUUGGCAGCUCAGAAAGGCCACAAUGUUGUUGGCAUUGACAUUGUGGAUUUAUCAGCUCAGCAAUUCUUUGCUGAAAAUAAUGUUCCAUUUAAUAAAUAUACGAUUGAUGAUGAUUUCUUUGUAUAUGAAUCAACAGAAAAUGCAAUCAAAAUUAAAUUCUUUGUUGGAGAUAUUUUUGAUGUCUCGGCUCAGUCGGCUGGGUACUUUGAUGCUGUCUGGGAUUGUAAUGCUCUGGUAGCCAUAAAGCCUCCAGACAGAAAUAAAUAUAUAUGCAAGAUUGAUUCUCUAUUGAAGCCUUCUGGCUGCAUCCUUCUUUCUACUUAUGAGUAUGACCCAACUCUUCAUAAUACUGAUCCAUAUCCUAUGACUCCUGAUGAUAUUAAAUUGCUUUUCUCUUCAUUUUAUGUCCAAUUAGUUGAAACAAUGGAUGCAUCAGAAUACUUUAACUUUAAGUUUCCUUGGUCAAAAAGACACGUGUUUCAAAUAAAAAGGAAAUAGUAAAAGGAGACAGAAUCUUGAACACAUUAUAUAAUAAUAAAUACUAGAUCUACUAUAUAUUAUGUAGUUACAAUAAUUUGAAUAAAAAUGAUAGCAACAACAAUAAUGAAAAUUA